AUGACCGUCGCGUUGAGGGAGGAAAAAGAGGAUAUGUACACUCACAAUCACCCCUACACAACCCUCCUCGCGCAUCUCCACGCGCACCUGCCGCUCUCGGGACCACUCUACCGGCGGAUCCAGUAUCAGGUCUCGCACCCUUCGCCCACGGCGAGUGUUUUGGCUUCGUUUGAGGAAUCUGAGCUGUCGCAGGAAACAGAGACACGGCCAUGGCUCGCUGCCUACGUGGAUAUCCCCCGGGGCCCGGAUACGCAGAUCUGGCUGUAUUCCAGUAUCGAGUCGGAGUCUGGGGAUUCUGAGUCUGGGGCGCCUGCCACAGCAACAGCGCACUCACGAGAAAUUGUCAAGGCGCACCUCCUGUCGCUCUUCACACAUAUCCAAAGAGAUCUUGUCCCAGACUACAUCUCAUCCCUACCGACAACCCUCAAGACCCCAACUCCAGUCGUGGUAGACGAGGGCGUCCCCAAAAUCCCGGCUCAUAAACCAACAUCCUACUUACUAGGAACCGUCCACACGACCCUUGAGGCACUGAUCAUCGAACUCCGCAACGAGGGCAAAUUAACCAUCCAUCGCGGCGCGGGCGUUCAUUAUGUGAAGUACUGUUUCUCGAGCAAGACAUUCGAUACCGUCUCCCUCGAGGACUUCAACACCGACACCACCACGACGGAAGACAGUAGCAGCUCCGGGUACAGAUUCCACGACUCCACGGGCAAGCCCGGAAUCCAGGGACACCACAUCGACCUCGUGAAGAGCCGGACGAAUAUCCCGCGGAGCCGCGAAGCGUUGUUGGCUAUGGGUGGUGUUGCACUCUAUCAUUCCUCGCAACCUGUUUCUUCCUCUGAGACGGAAAAGGAGAUGCCAAUAGGCUGGGCCUUCCUGGGCUUCGACGGGAGUCUGUGCAGUCUACAUGUGGAGCCUGAGCAUCGGGGGCGUGGACUCGCCGGCGUUGUGGGCAGGGAGGUUAUGAAGAGGGGGGUUGAGGUUUUUGAACCUACCGAUUCCUCUGGUCCGAGGUCUGGAGGGGAUUUGGCGGGUAGGGGUGGAGAAGAGUGGUUCUUUGCAGAUGUGGCUGUGGAAAAUGCUGCUAGCCGAAGGGUUAUGGAGAAGAUGGGGGGUGUGGCGCGGUGGAGGGUUGCGUGGAUGGUUGUUGAGGUUGAGAACCUGGAAAAGCAAUGA